GGGCUCACCCCCUGAGCCAGACAUGGAGUGCAGGCUGUCUGCAAGAGCUGUGGGUCCCAGUGCUGCUGUGGAUCCUCAUGGCUCCCACUGGGCACCCAAGGCCAGCAUCCAGAGCACUGCAGAUAAACCUAAUGGCUGGGGUACCAGCUUCAGCCCCCAUGGGCAGGGUGCGGCUGGGGGUCACUCUGUCUGUCUGUCUGUGUGUGUGGGGGGUCUCAUCUUGACUCUCUGGGAGAAAGGGCAGAAAGCCCUGAGAGCAGAGGAGGAAGCCACUUCCCAGGCUGAACCUGGUGCCCGUGCCAUGCCCCCUGCCCAGAUGUGCCCUGCAGUGGGUACCCUGCUUAGCAGGCAGCAGAGUGCAGCUCCUGCCUAUCUAGGAUGCAGCAGGCUGCCUUCCUCCAAUCCCCGUUGGGCUCAGCUCAGGGCUCCGAGCCCCCAGGGCGCAGCUGGGGGACAGCAGAGUCCUUCGGCAGGAGCGCGCGGGUACAAGGAGCACAGAAAGACAGCGAGGAGAAGCGCAGGCUGGCUUCUGAGUCAGCACGGACAGCCCUGGUCCCACCCUCCAUCCCGGCUGCGGAGUCUCCUCCUCGCCCUCUCCCCCCCGCCCGCUCUUCCUUCCCCGGGUCCCAAGCGCUGAAACCACCCCCAGACCCGGACCCGGCCUCUCCCUCCUUCCUCCCUUCGCUGCAGCUCGAUGUGAAUCUGAGCCCAGCGACAUGGGGCUGCACGACUCCUUCUUGGCGCUGCUGCUUCUUCUGGGGGGUGCCUGGGCUCAGCAGGCUGAAAUCAACGCCCGUGUCCUCAGGGCUCAGGCUGUGCCGGGGGCCUAGUGGAAAGCGGUGCUGUGCCACACUGCUCUGCUUGCCCUCAGACUGCCCCGUGGACCUGUUCUUUGUGCUGGACACCUCUGAAAGUGUCGCCCUGAGGGUGAAGCCCUUCGGGGACCUCGUGGCGCAAGUUAAAGACUUCACCAACCGCUUCAUCGAUAAGUUGACCGAAAGGUACUUCCGCUGUGACCGCUUCCUGGCAUGGAACGCUGGGGCUCUGCACUACAGCGACUCUGUCGUCAUCAUCAAGGACCUCACUGCCAUGCCCAGCGGCAGGGCUGAGCUGAAGAACAGCGUGUCAGCCAUCAACUACAUUGGGAAAGGCACCCACACUGACUGCGCCAUCAAGCAGGGCAUCGAGCGGCUGCUCUUGGGUGGCUCCCAUCUCAAGGAGAAUAAAUACCUGAUCGUGGUGACUGAUGGACACCCUUUGGAGGGGUACAAGGAGCCCUGCGGAGGCCUGGAUGAUGCUGCUAAUGAAGCCAAACAUUUGGGGAUCAAAGUGUUCUCUGUCGCCAUCUCACCCCACCACCUGGACCAACGUCUCAACAUCAUUGCCACAGACCAUGCCUACCGCCGCAACUUCACUGCCACAAGCCUGAAGCCAACCCGGGAUCUUGAUGUGGAGGAGACCAUCAACAACAUCAUUGAGAUGAUUAAAGACAACAUGGAGCAAUCGUGCUGCUCCUUUGAGUGCCAUCCUCCCCGAGGACCCCCAGGACCUCCUGGUGACCCAGGCCACGAGGGAGAAAGAGGAAAGCCAGGUCUUCCUGGUCAGAAGGGAGAUGCUGGAGACCCUGGCAGGCCAGGGGACAUGGGGCCCGUUGGCUACCAAGGAAUGAAGGGCGACAAAGGAAGUCGAGGAGAAAAGGGCUCGAGAGGAGCCAAAGGAGCCAAGGGUGAGAAGGGCAAGCGUGGGAUUGACGGCAUUGAUGGCAUGAAGGGAGAAGCUGGAUACCCUGGGCUACCUGGCUGCAAAGGCUCACCUGGAUUUGAUGGAACUCAGGGCCCACCUGGACCAAAGGGCGAUCCUGGUGCUUAUGGACCCAAGGGAGGAAAGGGGGAGCCUGGGGAAGAUGGAAAACCUGGCCGGCAGGGCAUUCCUGGUAGCCCUGGAGAGAAGGGUGCUCCUGGCAACAGGGGAGAGCCUGGACCCUUAGGGGAGACAGGGGAUGAGGGCUCCCCAGGCGCAGAUGGUCCUCCAGGAGAGCGGGGCAGCAAUGGAGAAAGAGGACCCCCAGGCUCGCCAGGUGACCGUGGGCCACGAGGAGAUCUGGGAGAGCCUGGACCACCUGGUGACCAGGGGCGGGAAGGACCUCUUGGACCACCUGGAGACCAGGGUGAGCCUGGGCCCCCAGGACCAAAGGGCUACAGAGGAGAUGAUGGCCCCCGUGGCAAUGAGGGCCCCAAGGGAUCGCCUGGAGCACCUGGGUUGCCUGGAGAUCCUGGCCUAAUGGGAGAAAGGGGCGAGGAUGGUCCUCCUGGUAAUGGCACAAUUGGAUUCCCGGGUGCCCCUGGGCAGCAAGGAGACAGAGGGGACCCUGGCAUUAAUGGAACAAAAGGAUAUGUUGGUCCUAAAGGUGAUGAAGGAGAAGCUGGAGACCCUGGCAAUGAUAACCCAACCGCUGGUCCCAGUGGGAUCAAAGGAGCAAAGGGCCACAGGGGUCCUGAAGGCCGCCCGGGACCACCUGGACCUGUGGGGCCUCCAGGACCAGAUGAGUGUGAAAUCUUGGACAUCAUCAUGAAGAUGUGCUCAUGCUGUGAGUGCACCUGUGGUCCUGUCGACCUCCUCUUCGUGUUGGACAGCUCAGAGAGUAUUGGCCUGCAGAACUUCCAGAUUGCCAAGGAUUUCAUCAUCAAAGUCAUUGACCGCCUAAGCAAAGACGAGCGUGUGAAGUUUGAGCCUGGGGAGUCCCGAGUGGGCGUUGUGCAGUACAGCCACAACAACACGCAGGAGCUGGUGGCUAUGGGAGAUGCCAACAUAGACAACAUUGGGGCACUCAAACAGGCGGUCAAGAAUCUGAAAUGGAUUGCUGGGGGCACCCACACAGGAGAAGCCCUGCAGUUCAGCAAGGAAAACCUGCUGCGGAGGUUCACCUCCAACAAUAACGUGGCCAUCGUCAUCACAGAUGGACGCUCUGACACGCUGCGGGACCGUACCCCACUGACUUCUCUGUGUGAGGUCACCCCGGUGGUUUCCCUUGGAAUAGGCGACAUUUUCCGGAACAACCCAAACCCAGAUCAACUGAAUGACAUCGCUUGUUUAGGCAUGCCAAGGAGACAAGGACUGUCCAUUCAGAGAGACAACUAUGCCGAGCUCCUAGAUGACUCCUUCUUGCAGAACAUCACCUCGUACGUGUGCCGAGAGAAGAAAUGUCCGGACUAUACCUGCCCAAUCACUUUUGCCAAUCCGGCAGACAUCAUGCUGUUGGUGGACAGCUCCACCAGCGUGGGCAGCAAGAACUUUGACACCACCAAGAACUUUGUGAAGCGGCUUGCAGAGCGGUUCCUUGAGGCCAGCAAGCCAGCCGAAGAUUCUGUGCGCGUCUCGGUGGUCCAGUACAGCGGCAGAAACCAGCAGAAGGUCGAAGUCCCAUUUCAGCGCAACUACACGGUCAUCGCCAAAGCUGUUGACAACAUGGAGUUCAUGAACGAAGCUACAGAUGUCAAUGCCGCUCUGCAGUACAUCAUGGGGCUGUACCAGCGGUCCUCUCGUGCUGGGGCGAAGAAGAAGGUGCUGGUGUUUUCUGAUGGCAACUCACAGGGGAUCACUGCAAGGGCCAUCGAGAGGACUGUGCAGGAAGUUCAGCAGGCUGGUAUUGAGGUCUACGUGCUGGCAGUGGGCAGCCAAGUCAACGAGCCCAAUGUCCGCGUCCUGGUAACAGGGAAGAGCACAAACUAUGACGUUGCCUAUGGGGAGCGUCACCUGUUCCGUGUGCCUGACUAUACCUCCCUGCUGCGUGGCGUCUUCUACCAAACUGUCUCCAGGAAGAUAGCUGUUGACUGAGCACCCAAGUGGGUUUCUACCAGGGCCACUCUGGCUUCUCUCUCACCCAAGAAUGAAAAACGACAAGACAAAAAAAAUUUAACAGUAUUCUUGACCAACUUGAGGAACUUGCAUCUAUACAGAAAGCCAUAGUGCAACAGCCUGUCUGUGCACAGUCUCCUUCCUUCUCUACCUUCUUCUCCAUCUGCAUCUCUGCCCUUCUAGCCUUGAGCCUUCCACCCCUGCCCGGUGACUGCCUCUCACUUAACUCCCUGCAGCAGGCAAGCAUCAGUACACCUAGCAGUAGCCCUCCUGAACACCAGAAGCAACCUCAUCUCUCUGGUUUUUGCCAAGAAAGAACCAGGAUGAGGAAUGUUGUACCACUAAGGACUUGCUCAGUCCCACAAGGUUGAUUAUACCCUUUUUAGAUACAGUUUUUUUUCUUCGUUUGCCUCUUCCAUUCAUUCAUCAGCUGAGCACUUUCCCAGCUGACAAUGGUCCUAACCCAGCACUGUGCUUCAGCAUUUCAGUAAGUUUUGAGAGGGGAUCAUUGUCAUGGCUGGCAAGUUUGGUUCACGUCUCCCACGCUGGUGGGAAGAGAUGGACUUAUUAUCUGAACCACCUGUGCACUAGGCAGAGCUGGAAGCAUUUCUGGCCUCCUGUGCAGUGCGAUGGACCACUGACUUCCCAGGGCUGGAUUGGAGGUGGGUGGUGGAGCACACCUCAAUGCUGACAUUCCCAUCCAGAGCAGGGGGGCUGAGCACCAACCAAGGAGAGAUAGCCAACAGCCACUGGGAAGGGGGGAACGUGACAAGAAGCUGCACUCCUUCACUAACCGAUUUUGUGGUCCUACAGUGAAACCAAGAACCUCAUAAGUAACCUGAUGACUUGCCUUAUGGUCCAAACGCCAUGCUGGAAAAUCUCUCUGAGCCCAGUUAGUGGUUUUUUGUUGGUUUUUUUUUUUUUUUUUCAAUAGUGUCAAGCUGUCUAUUUCCCAGUGAGCUCUCUGGGACUAUUGUUUCUACCAGACUAUAUAGGAGUUAGACACCUAGGCCUACUAACUCUACUAUAUAUUGAAUUAGGGCCUAUUCCACAGCCCAGCCACGUCAAGAGAAAGGCUGCCAUUAUCUGCCAGGGGCUUUGAAUCACACCCUGCAGAUACCAAAGGUGCUAUCACUAUGUGGGUGAUGUGGGCCCUUGGUGUUUACACAUAUGUUUCCAGGACCACACUGAAGAUGUGGUUUGGCUGGGUGCGAUUUUGUUCAGUGCUUCCAUUGGUGCUCUUGCUAUGAAUUCAUGCGCUUCUGAGAAAGCAACAGUGAUUUCCAGGUAUCGCCAUCAUCCCAAACUAUUUUGUAUCCAGAAGUUACUUUUAUUUUAUGCCUGUGUUUUACUAAAAGUUGUCCACUUCAGAAAUUUGUCAAAUAAAUUGUUUUCCACAA